AUGAAUGGAAGAAAUGAGGAGAGAGAUUCUUCAAGAAGCCGGAUGAGAGACAAAGGUAAUAUUAAACAAAAUAGUUCUGAUGACACAACCUCUCAAGAACUUCAGGAAGUUGCAACUGACAGGUUAGAUGGAGACCCAGGAGAAGGUCCUCUCACCCUCUGGCCGCUGCUCCUGCUGUCCCUCAGCGCCGGCCCGCACGCCGCGGAGCUCCCGCUCGGCCGCGCCAAGUGCCCGGCCCGCUGCGAUGUCUCCAAAUGCCCCAGCCCCAGCUGCCCCAGCGGGUACGUCCCCGAUCGCUGCGGCUGCUGCCUCAUCUGCGCCGCGGGCGAGGGGGACUCCUGCGGCCGCAAGGAGGACCCGCCCUGCGGGGACAGCCUCGACUGCCGCUACCCCAUGGGCAAGCGCUUCGCCAAGGGCGUCUGCCAGUGCAAGCUCAGCGCCCAGGUGUGCGGCAGCGACGGCCGGACCUACGACAACAUCUGCCAGCUGAAGGCCGUGAGCCGCAAGGCGCUGCAGCACGGGCUGCCCGCCGUCGCCCAGGUUCAGAAGGGAGCCUGUGAAUCGGGUCACCUACAGUCCAGCAGCCCAAGAUACAAAUUCAACUUCAUAGCUGAUGUGGUGGAAAAGAUUGCACCUGCAGUUGUGCACAUUGAACUUUUCCUCAGGCACCCCCUCUUUGGUCGAAAUGUCCCCCUUUCCAGUGGAUCUGGGUUUAUUAUGUCUGAUUCUGGUUUAAUUGUGACCAAUGCCCACGUGGUGUCAAGCACAAAUGCAAUAUCAGGGAGACAACAACUGAAGGUACAGCUUCAGAAUGGAGAUACCUAUGAAGCAACCAUCAAAGACAUUGACAAGAAAUCUGACAUUGCAACAAUAAAGAUUCAUCCUAAGAAAAAACUACCAGUAUUGUUACUGGGACACUCUGCUGAUCUGAGGCCAGGAGAAUUUGUGGUGGCAAUUGGAAGUCCAUUUGCCCUACAGAACACUGUGACAACAGGUAUUGUCAGCACUGCUCAGCGAGAUGGCAAAGAGCUGGGCCUGCGGGAUUCGGACAUGGAUUACAUUCAGACAGAUGCUAUUAUUAAUUAUGGCAACUCUGGAGGACCUCUAGUUAAUCUGGAUGGUGAAGUGAUUGGGAUUAACACCUUGAAGGUCACAGCUGGAAUUUCUUUUGCCAUUCCUUCAGACCGUAUCACUCAGUUUCUCACAGAGUCACAUGACAAACAAAGUAAAGAUGGGAAGAAACGUUUCAUUGGCAUCAGAAUGCUGACAAUAACACCUGCCUUGGUGGAGGAGCUGAAGCACAGUAAUGCUGAUUUUCCUGAUGUCAGAAGUGGAAUUUAUGUACACGAAGUUGUUCCAAACUCACCUUCUCAUAGAGGAGGGAUCCAAGAUGGAGAUAUUAUUGUGAAAGUCAAUGGGCGUCCUUUGAUGACUUCCAGUGACCUGCAAGAGGCUGUGAUGAAUGAAUCACCUCUACUACUUGAAGUUCGAAGAGGAAAUGAUGAUUUGCUAUUUAACAUUGAGCCUGAAGUUGUCAUGUAAAUAGAGUUGAGGAAGCUCUCACCAUAAUUAAACUCACUUAUUCUGGAACACUAGAUACCUCCUUUACAGCUACAGUAAUUAUACUUCCUGUUGACUAAUGACAAGGUGGACUAACUUAAUUGCCUGAGCCAUUUCUGUACAUAGUAGCUAGAAUGACUUCAAAGAUGCCAUUUGUAGAAGAUUUAAAUUUCAAAGGAAUUUAAGAACUGUGUUCUGGGUAGGAGGAGACAAAUUUUGGGUGGCUGGUAGAAAUGGGUCCCACUUCCUGUACCUGCAGAUGCAGAGCAGAUUCAAUUCUACACAUUGAAAGAUCCAAAUACUAUUUUAAGUAAGGAAGAAUAUAAAAGGGGGAAUUAUUCUUAAACUACAGUCAUGGCUGCAGCAGACCCAAGCUAUUGCAAUGCAAAAUUGACCUUUUUUUUUCUUUUCCUUUUUAUGUAACUUUUUCAAUGUGAACCUAUUAUUGGCAAAGCUUGUAUUUGUUCUUAGUGCUUCUGUGCUCCAUGUUGAUGCAGGUAGAUGAAGUCUGUAAAUAUUGAAAGGAGCAAAAAUGGUAUCAGGCUAUAGAGUGUUACACCUAGGUCAUGCGAUUUUUGGAAUAUAGUAAAUGAUUCUUAUAGAAUUAAUGCCUUUAUAUAUAAAUCAAAACGAUGUGCUGAACAAAGUUAAGUUUGAUAAAGUGCACAGUUUUUAAAGAAUUUGAUACAAACUUGUUAGCAUUUUUACUGGUAAGCUUUGCUGUAAAAUUGUUACACUACUUUUGGCUUUGACUGUAUGUUUCUACUGUAAGGAGAUUAAAGUUUACACAAAUAAUCUGUUGAUGCAAACCUCUUUUUAAACAAGUAUGUCUUUCCUGCUUCUUCUGUCUGACUGGACUAGGCUUUCCCAAGAGAAAAUUUUCUUACAGAAAAUUGGGCCCUUAUUUAGACUAUGUUUAGAAAUGCUUUGCACACAAGUAAUUUAUUUACACUGUGUUUUUCCAUAUUUAUGAAUUGUGCUUUGAUGUCACUUAGAGAGUAUCAAGUUGGGAUCCUGUUGUCCUCAGCUUUCCCUGUAUGUGAUGAGAAGUAGAAAGAAAGCACCAUUAACUCUGUUUUAUAAUUAGAGUGUGUGGGACUCCUGUGUAAUAAACCCAGGGGUGAAAUUGCUAAGACCUAAAUCCAGAUCUCUUAGGUACCCCAAACCAAACAGGUAUCUUCUCCCUUAGUGAAUAUUGCUUCAUUUCUGAGUCAGAGGAACGUUUCUAUCUGGAGCAUUUUCCACAUCAAGCUGUGCUUUCUAGACCUGUUUCUUGUGUCUUUGUUACACUGGUGCAAAAAGGAAUUUAUCUUUGGAGCUGUUCCCUUGAGGUUGCCAUCAUGCCUAGACUUUCUGGUUAUAGCAACUCACUUAUGUGUGACAAGCCUUGCAUCUUCAUGUUUGUACAGUGCCAGACAUGUGGAAAAGCACAGUCUGUUCCCUCCUUGAUGGCUGACUGGGACUACAACUAUGAAGUUCAGAGGUAGAUGGGGUACCUUCCUCUUAAAAAUGAACAGUGUUACUUUCCAUCACAGAAACGUGAUGUGCCUGUAAUGAUGAAUUCACCCCCUGCUGCUGUCACUAAAAAAAGAGCUGUAUUCAUGUGAGGGACAAAAGAUGCUUAGUGGUACCUGUUGAAUAUUCCAGUUCCUUUGUGUUAAAAAGCAGCCUUAGCAUCCAGACUUGCAGAAAGCCUAUUUGUGUCCUGAACUGAGGGUCGCUGUGGCAUGCAGAAGGAUGAUCUCAUGGCAUAAGUUAAGCCUAUUUGUCCAUGUGUACCAUGUAAAGUACCAACAUUUUACAGUUUGUGAGGGGUAUCUGUUUGUUACCAUUGAUUAAUACGAAAGAAAUUAAAGUA